UUUGAUCAAACAGCAGAACACAUUAAGGUCCAGGCCCGACACACAGAGAGGCAGAUUAAGGAGCAGUUUGAGAAGCUUCACCAGUUUCUGAUAAAGGAAGAGGAGGCCAGGAUGGCUGCACUGAGGGAGGAAGAGGAGCAGAAGACUGGGAUGAUGAAGGAGAAGAUGGAGGCUCUGAGCAGAGAGAUAGCAGAUCUUUCAGACACAGUCAGAGCUACAGAGGAGCAGCUGAGAGCUGAAGACGUCUCAUUCCUGCUAAACUACAAGGCUGCAGUGGAAAGAGUCCAGCGCUGCCUCCUGCUGGAGGAUCCACAGCUGCUCUCAGGAGCUCUCAUAGACCAGGCCAAACAUGUGGGCAACCUGAGCUUCAACAUCUGGAACAACAUGAAGGACAUGGUCUCCUAUACUCCUCUCUUUCUGGACCCAAACACUGCAUAUCCAAAACUCAUCCUGUCUAAAGAUCUCACCAGUUUUACACGUGGAGAUAAACAGCAGCUUCCUGAUAAUCCAGAGAGGUUUGAUGGAUACAGCUCUAUUCUGAGCUCUGAAGGCUUCAACUCAGGGACUCACAGCUGGAAUAUUGAGGUUGGAGACAGUAAACGCUGGACACUGGGUGUGUUGGAAGAGUCUGUCCAGAGGAAAGGAUGGAUACAGUCUGGAUUUUGGGGAAUAGGGUUCUCUAGAGAUAAAUACUCAGCAGGUUCACCAUCAACUCUCCUUACUGACCUCUCAGUGCAGAAGAAGCUCCAGAGGAUCAGAGUGAAUCUGGACUGUAACAGAGGAAAGCUGUCCUUCUCUGAUCCUGAUACUAAAACACUCAUACACACCUUCAAUCACACUUUCACUCAGAGGAUGUUUCCGUACAUUGCCAGUGGUGAUAAAGUUCAGAUUUUACCAGAGAAGUUCUCAGUGACAGUGGAACAGAUCAGUUAGAGAUCAACAGGAUCAAUAGAUUCAGAACAUCUGUUGUUUUUUCCUGAACUGUAUAUUUGGCUUACUACAUUUCUCUGUAAAAAUAGGUGAGAAUAAAAAAAAGUAUCUUUUCCGUCAUCGUAUGAAUAUUUUCAUAGUCAGGGGAA